AUGGCUUAUCCGUAUAUCUGGGCAGGCCCCGCCUGGUGGCGUCGGGUUCCUGAGGAAGCAUCUCGCAAGUCUGCUAGGGCCGUUCUUGUCAUUUUUGCAAGAGGAAAUGGAUGGCGAAGGAAAAGGUGGCUGACGCGGCAGUUCCGUCUUGAAAAUCUCUGUUAUCCUCUAUGUGCACAUAGGCUGCUACUUCUUGCGCAGGCAUCAUCCCUGCGAAAGGGCAAUCACCAUGAUUCUAACUUCGGAGGAAUGGGUGUGGUUGGCUGUGGUCCUGCUCAUCAGUCCAUAUUCUACAUAUUGCUUACCGUAUUCCUGGUCGAAGUCGACAAGCACGGCACCAACGGAAUCCCCCCGAGUGCGUUUGACACGCUCGAUAAAGCUGCAAUCCCAGACCGCAUCAAAGGUAGUAAGAUGGUAGUAGCGGUCGAGCAGUUCUGGCUUGCGGUCGUCUGGGGAUGCAAAUGCUGUCUGCUGCUCCUAUACUCCACCAUGACGUCCGGCCUCAGGCAACACCGCAUCGUCAAGGUCAUCGGCGGAAUCUGCGCCUUCAGCUUCCUCCUCAUCGAGAUCCUCUUCUUCGCCGUCUGGUGCCGCCCCUUCUCAGCAUACUGGUCCGUCCCACCCAAGAGCGCCCAAUGCUCCGUCUACACCAACCACGUCAUCAUCACCCUCGUCUUCAACGUCGCCACCGACGUGCUGAUCAUGGCCAUCCCCCUCCCGCUGCUCAUCCGCGCCAAACUCUCCCUCUCGAAGAAACUCACCCUCUGCGCCGUCUUCUCCCUCGGCGCCUUCGUCAUCCUCUGCUCCAUCCUGUCCAAGUACUACUCCAUCUCCCAGCCCUACGGCAUCAAAUGGCUGCAGUGGUACGUCCGCGAGGCCGCCACGGCAGUCAUAGUCUCCAACAUCCCGCAGACAUGGACGCUCUUCCGCCGCCUCUUCAACUGGAAGUCCUUCCUGCAACACUCGUCCUACAAUCGCAGUCAGAACAAGUAUACCAGUCGGCUGGAUAGCUCGACGGUCCAUCUCUCGCGGCUCAGGGGCAACAAGUCGGGAGUUCGCUCGACCGUCGACCGCUCCGAAUCCGGAGAGCAUAUCGCCCGUGAACAGCCUUUGGAGAUCUGGGCGCAUCGCCAGUUCCAUGUCACGAAUGAGGUACACGAGGAGCGGCGGAGCGGUAGUUUGAGUCAGAGUAGUGGUUCGCUGGAGUUCGACACCGCUACCACGGUUGCUGAGGAUGGGCCGGUGAAGACGACGGUGACAGCCGCGCGGUGA